AAAAUUUAAAUUAGAAACAAUUUCUACUCGGUUGCCUUGGUAACUAGAUUUUUCUGUUUGAAUUUAGUAAACAAACUUUGUUUAACAAAGUUAACUGUUAAUGUUUCCAUCUAAUCAUCAUCAUGACAGAAACAAUUAAAUUAGAUGUUAACAGGGCUUUAAUUGACCCAAAAUUUGAGACUUACUAUUUAGCUAAUCAAGAGGUUAAUCAACAAUCUAUUGAUUUGCCAAAUUCUGCCAGUGAAUUUACUUUACCCGAUAAACAACUUUACAGUUUCCUCCAUUUUUCCGCUUUUUCAAAUGAUUUCAAUUGUUUGUUCACUGAUCCUUUUAAUGGUCUACAAUCAGAGUGUUAUUAUGUUGACAAUCAACUUAAUGUCUUAAGUGUUGAAAUUGAUCAAUCGAGUAAUUUGAUUAAUCCACCGGUUUGUGUAUUCAAAGUACCAACCAACAAUUACCAAGCCAAUGAAUGUAUGGUAACAUUAUCAUUCCCAUCUGAAGAGUUUGUUUUGAUUCUGGUUUCUACAUGCUCAACUGUUGGUCAAGCUGAUGGACAUUUAUCCUUGUUGAUUGUUUCCACUGGCCACCGACAAAUACAGGCUCACAAUUGGACUGUUGUUAAAACAAUCAAUUUGUCCCAUGAAGCUUCAUUUGGAUUAUGCUGGAAGAAUGGAGAUCAAUUAGCCAAACAAUUAACUUGUCCUGCUAAAUUAAUUGACAGUAAUUUCCAUUCAAGAGAUGAUUCAGAUAAAUUGAAAGUGAUUAUCCUUACAGUUGAAAAAAAUGAUCAAGAAAAAUUUGAAUGUCGAUUGAAUUGUUUACAUUUAGCUAAUCAAAAGAUGGACACAAAUGGAUCAUCAAACUGGACAAUUGAGAGAUUUCAACAAUUAACUGGACCAUCUUACCCAUCAUAUAUCGGUGUUGAUACUGAUAAAAAUGGAGUAUUGUUCAUGACAAUUGUAUCUCCAAAUCCAUUCCGAUUAACAUUUGACUCUCUUGAUAAACCAGCAGCAAAUUGUGAUGGUCAAGAUGAGAUGGACAAAGACGAUGAGAGAGAAAAUAUUUAUUUCUAUUUUCAGGAUGAAAAAGAGUUAACAGUUAAUUUCAAAUUUCCUCUGGAUAUUCAAGUGAAACACAUAGAAGUUACUUUGGGAAUCGAUGAGAUUGAAAUUCGAGUAAAAGGAGAAACAGUCUUUAAGGAAACUCUUUGGGCACAAAUCGACAAAGAAUUAAGUUGCUGGAAAUAUGAAAGAUUGAGGAAAGAUGACAUUCCCAUUAUCGAAAUAUAUCUAAUCAAAAAGAAUAAGAAUCAAAUUUGGGAUCAGCUGUUUAAAGGAAAAGAACAAGGAUCUCAUUUACCAAUUGAAAGUGAACAAUUAAGAACGUUAGAAGGGUUGAAUUCAUUGAUUGUUCGCUACUCUGAGAUAAAUGAAUCAAGUGAUAUUCCUUCAAUGUUUGGUAAUGAACAAUGUGAUGAAGUUGCUGAAGAUUUAACUCUUUACCGUAUUAAUUGUCAUCGACAUAUUAUCACUCAUCAAUCUUAUCUUACUGGACAUCAAUGGUUAUUUAGUCGUAAACUGGACAAUCGUUUAUUACCCUGUUUCUCACUGAGACAUGAUGUUGAUGCUUGUAUUUGGCAGCCAAAGGUUAAAGGAUCUCGAUUUCAUAUUGAACAUAUCGCUACAUUUUCAGCCUUGGGUUAUGUUCAAGCUUCCAAGGAAUCGAAAAGAUUUUUUAACUGUUCACUUGAUUUUGAUUAUUCUUUCAUUGUUGAUUCAACUAAUCAUGUCUAUAUUUACAAACAACCGGCUCCUUCCGAUGGAGUUGUUAACCGAAAGAAAGGUGUCAGGCCUAAAAUCGCCAAACAAAAGGUCAUUAAUCUUGGACGCGAGUUAAUUCAAGUUCUAGGCUCAGUUGCAUUCAAAGAUCUUCUAUUGAUUAUUAGUCCCAAAAAGUUAAUUUCAAUCAAAAUCGAUUUCUGAUUUUACAAUUGUAAUAAAGUUUUUCCUUCACACUUCAAUGUACAGGGCGAUUACGUUAUAUUAACAAUAUUUGUUUCAUAAAAGGCUUGCGAACUGAGAGUCAUUGACAAGAAUAGUUUAUAUUGUUGGACUUGUCAUAUUAUGGGAAUUGUGUACAAUUGAUAAAAAGAACACAAAGUAAACAUGA